AUGAUCCUUGAGAUGAAAAAUGUUGGAGUGUGGCUGAAGCUUUAUCCUGUAUCUAGUCAGACAUGUAGACUUCUAUCAACUAAAGUUUUAAAAUCAGGAAAUGCUACUAAUCCACUCUUCAAACCUGAUAGACCGCCACGAAAACCACGGUAUGAUGACAAGAAAUGGAAGGAAGAAACCAUUGCUGUUCUUGAGAAAAAUCUAAAAAAAGAAGCGAAAGAACUUGCACAGCUAUAUCACCUACAUGCUGCUCAAACGCAGGCUGUUCGAUAUACAGUUGAAAAUGAUUGGUCGUCCUUACUUUCAUUUUUGCAUACCAGACUUCAUACUCGUUCGACCGGCUUCAAAGAUAGAGAAGCAAAUGAGAUUUUUUCUGUAUCAUUGUUAGCUGUCAGGAAAAAUCUAAUUCGUAUUUUGGAAAAAGACGGAGAUAAUGCUUCAGAGGCAUCAGCUCUAUGUUUCUCUCUAGGUAAUAUAGUUAAUAAACUCCACAUGGAUCCUGACACUAGAGCGGUUUCCAUAUUACUGUUGGAUACUUUGACAGAAUGGGUAAGCCGAAGAAGUGUUGAUGGAGACAGCGAUGAGAUCGCAUAUGUUAUUCAUAGCUAUAAGAGGAAAAUCAGUAAAGACAUCAGUCAAUUCGAUAUAUCAAAAUGCCAUUUGUAUUAUCCGAUAGAGGAGAGGGAUGCGAUCGAUUUUUUCCUCACCGAGUUAGGAAAAAAUAACUAUCACCAGGAACUUGAAGAUUUUGGUUAUCCAGAGAAUAUGACGAUUGUGGAUUCUCUAAGACAGCCGGCUUCUACCUCAGACUACCAUGGAAACCCUUUUCAAGUGGAUGAAGUGUCGAAGGAAACUUUGCGUUCUCUGUUUGAUGAAAACAUCCGAAACGAAAAUGCGAAUUGGCUGCCAGUGAGAAACUUCGAACCUAACGCACGAAAGCCGGGAGAUCAUAACUACGCUGAAGGACUGAUAGAGAAAUGGGGUUGGAAAACCAAUAUCACCCAGAGCAUAGCUCGUUUAGAGAAGAAAAGAAUACAAUAUCCAUUGAAAAACUAUUUGCAACUUCUUUCUCAUGAUCAAAUCACGGAAGAAGUUCUGCAAGCAGUCACUGCUGCUUGUUCUCAGGGACAAAACAUGAUUCCGUAUUCAACUUUUCAGUACAUGUUAACCCAUCCCGUUAUGCGCCUUAUUCACAAUGAACUGCUUUUGAAACUUUCUGUGAAUGUAAGCGGGAUAUGGAAGAUAGUUUUCGAAGAUUACGCUGAGUUUUUCCAAAAAGAGGAGAUCAGUAGGGUGCACACACAUAGAGAUUGGUGGCGUAUCUGCUGUGAGAAGCAUGGUAUACCUCCAACAUACAAACCACCUCUCCAUUCUUUCCAAUGUGAAGUUAAAAGUCAGUUUUCUGCUUUUCUGGUUGAGGUUGUUCUGGCAGCUUGUGUCUUCCCGAUGCGGGAUGGAAGAGGGAAAGAAAUGUGGCUGAACGCAUUUGAUGUGCAGAAUGUAGCCCUGGAAGAGGAUUCAAAAGUGUUUGAGACUGGGAAAUCAGCAUUGACCCAAAUGGUUAAACUCCACAAAAAAAUGUUGGAUGAGCUGGAGAAGUGUAAUAAGUUUGCAAUAGCUUCACUGGGACUAAUCUUAAUGUUCCCGGUUCCACCAAAGCCUUGGUACGAUGGAGCUGUUGGAGGUCCGCAGUAUACCCGAGAAUGCCAGAUCAUCCGACCAAUUCUUGAAUUCAAAAAGGUUAACAUCAUGCGGGAAAUGACUUCACGUUUAGAACGAAGUCAGGCUCGGCCCGUUUUCGAUGCACUUAAUCAGCUUGGAUCAACUCCUUGGCGGAUAAACAAGGAUAUGCUGAGUGUAUUAUGCGAGGUAUUCGAAAUGUCCAAAAAUCCCACAAAGAAAGAAUUGUUCGAAACGCUCAGUGUGCCGCUUCAUGCGGAUACUGUAUCUGUACCUCGCAUACAAGAUUUCAUCCAAGAAGGGUCGGAAAAUGAAGAAGGCGUGAAAGAAAAAUGGAGAGCAUACUAUGCAGCAAAAAGAUUAGCAGAGAAAACGAAGAAUGAACAUAACUCGUUGUGGUACUGGAUGAAGUACAGAGUGGUUCUGGCUAAGCAUUUCCAGGACAAAGUCUUGUAUUUUCCUCAUAAUAUGGAUUUCCGUGGACGAGUGUAUCCUAUAUCUCCUUAUCUCAACCAUAUGGGCGACGAUGUCAAUCGGUGUAUUCUGAAGUUUGCUGCUGGACGUCCUUUAGGACCCAAUGGCUUAUCUUGGCUGAAACUGCAUUGCAUAAACUUGACAGGCAAAUUAAAAAGAAAAAGCAUUUCCGAGAGACUUCAGGCCGCGGAGGAAGAAAUGGAAGCUAUUUUGGAUUCUGCCAACAAUCCUUUAGAUGGUAGAGGUUGGUGGCUUGAGUCAGAAGAACCAUGGCAGACCUUGGCUGCUUGCUUCGAAAUAAGAGAUGCCAUUCUCUCAGGAGACCCAGAAAGUUUUGUUAGUCACCUCGCAGUUCACCAGGAUGGAAGUUGCAAUGGCUUACAACAUUAUGCUGCUCUUGGUCGAGAUAAACAAGGGGGUGAAGAGGUUAAUCUUUUACCAAGCGAGCUACCUAACGACGUGUAUUCAUCAGUAGCGGUGCGUGUGGAACAGAAGCGAGUAGAAGACGAAAACAAUGAGCAGAGCGAGUUCCAUGAAGUCGCUUUGAAGCUGAGAGAGUUUCUACCGGUCGUGGUACCUCGGAAGGUUAUUAAGCAAACCGUAAUGACUACCGUAUACGGUGUCACAAUGUAUGGAGCGGCAUUACAAAUAAAACGCCAGCUGAAAGCACUUGGAAUAGAGAGUGAAGAGAUAGCCAAGUUUGCCUCCUACCUGACUCUGCGAACGUUUGCUAGCUUGAAUGAUUCAUUUACUAGUUCAAUGCAAUUGAAGAAUUGGUUCCGUGAAUGUGCAAAGGGGACCAGUGAACUUUUACAAACCGUGGAAUGGGUGACUCCAUUGGGGCUACCUGUUGUUCAACCGUACUUGAGGUCGAAGGAUUCUCGAGGAAAAAUAUUUUUAGCUCCAGUAGGAACUAAACAAAUCGGCGCCUUUCCACCUAACUUCGUCCACUCUCUUGACUCUACUCACAUGAUGCUCACUGCACUAGAAUGCUCGAGGAGAGGAUUGACUUUCGCGGCUGUCCAUGAUUGUUUCUGGACUCAUGCAUCAACUGUAGAUGAAAUGAACACCAUUUGUAGAAAUCAGUUCGUAUCUCUUCACAAGCAACCCUUGGUGAAACAGUUUUCUGAAUAUGCCAUUUCGAAAUACUUGACUCCGGAACUUUUAUCGAAAAUGGAGAAGAAAGACCAAGAGCGCUAUUUGAAUCUGUUUUCGCUCCAAAUUCAGCCGGGAGAGCUUGAUAUUAACGAUGUGAUGAAGUCUCAAUACUUCUUCAGUUAA